AUGAAGGAAGACUACUUUGAAAGAGCCAAGAACUACGGAUUCGCCCCUCAACUGGACAUCUUGGCUGCCCUCUCCCGUUCAGACACGGUUGUCCUCGAUGUUCGACGAGAAGAGGAGAUUGCCGAGACAGGAAAAGUGCAGGGAAAUGGACAAUGGAAGAGCACCGGUUGUACUCCAAGCGCGUGUCCCAAGCUUGCCGCCGACCCAACCCAGUUUGUGCAAGACAAGGAGACCCCCGUAGUCAUUUAUUGCCGCAGCGGUCGAAGAGCCGUCAAGGCUCAGGAGAUUCUCGAGCAGAGCGGAUUCACCAAGGUCAUGAACGCCGGCGGCUACGAUGAUUUGAUGGAUAUGCUCAACUGGCAGCAACGUGACAAUAACCAAAAUGCCAGGAGCUAG